GUUUAUGCUUCCUGGAAUCUGCGUUUUUUGUGCAUCAUAGUGGUAUCAGAGCUGAUCGGUCCUUGGAUCUUGAAAAUGACGAGAAAUCCGAAUUCAGAGUCGGUUAAUGAAGAAGCAGAAGAUAAAUUUGCAGCAAUCCAAACUCAAUUGCAGAAAUUGAUGGAAGGAAUGACCAUUAUCAAUGAUCGCAGCUCCAAAACGGAUCAAGAGUUGGGCAAAUUGAAGGAAAUCCUGAGGACUAUGGAACCGAGGGAUAAGGACAGGGAGGAAGAGUCUUCACACGGGAACAAGCGAUCUGAAGGUUCUUACCAUCCUACAUCUUCUGGUAACACUCUUACUCGCUUUUCCAGACUUGAUUUCCCCAAAUUUUCCGGUUCCGAUCUCAGAACUUGGUUGUAUAAAGUGGAGCAAAUCUUUGCAAUGGAUGAAAUUCCGUCUGAACAGAAAGUUAAAAUUGCCUCCAUCCAUUUGGAAGGGGAAGCCAUUGCUUGGCAUAGAUCUUACAUAAGGAAUGUUAAUAUGGCUAAUCAAAGUUGGACAGAAUAUGUUCUAGCUCUUAAUGAAAGAUUUGGUGAAGCCUUUGAAGAUCCUAUGGAGGAACUUAAGAACCUGACCCAAACAGGUAGUGUUAGGGAAUAUCAGGCUGCUUUUGAUAAACUCAUGACUAUUGUGAAUUUGACAAAUGAGAAUGCAAUUAGUUGUUUUAUUGGAGGCCUGAAAACUUAGUUAAAUAAGGCAAUUAAGGACUCUUGGAGGAGUGAUACUACUCUGCAGGAAAUCAUUACCAAGUUACAGGAGCAACCUUAUAAGUCCUUUACUUGGAUUAAUGAACAGUUGAGAUGGAA